AUGUUUGAUAAACUUUGCAUAAGACAUUCAGAUUAAAUUCUUACUCAUUUUUGUUCAAAUCAAUUGUGUCCUCAAUUCCUAACAUUUUAUUGUACACAGUGUGAGAUCUAACAAUGCAAUAAAAAUUAUCAUCUGUAAUAAUUUGACAAUUUGAGCCAUUUCAUCAAUAAAUUAAUUUUGCCUAAUUUCGACACCAAAUAAAUUGACUAUUGCAAACAGCAAAUGAACAAAAUAAUUGGAAAUUUUAAUACAAUCUAAGAAAAGAUAAUAAGCGAUUAUGAUAAGGCAAUUGAGAAAAUACUAGAAUACAUUUAGAAUAGAAGUAGUUCAUUUAAGACUGAAAUCAUAAGCCAAAUAGAUUUCCAAAAAUAAUACAUGAUAGACAAAUUAGCAGAAUUCUAAAAUACAAUCGAUAAACAUUAUUAUGCAUACAAGUAAUCGUACGAUAAAACUAAAUCAAUUCUAAAUGCAUAAGAAAGCAGCGUUCACAUUGAAGAACAUUAUAAAUAAAUUGAUAUGAACUCAUUAUAAGAAUAUUAUAAUGUCUUAUUGAGAAUGCAACCUGAAUUGGAAAUACUCUCAGCAGAAAAUAGUUUGUAACUUACAAAGGAGCAAUAGAUAAUUGAAUCAUUCAAUCAUAAUAUUUACAAAGAGUUUUAGGAUAAAAUCAUAGAAUAUUCAGAAAAUACAUUAACUUUACUUUGGAGUAAAUAUUAUUCUAUGACAUCCAAUAUCCAUUUAUAUGAUAAUAAAACAUAAAGCAUUGCCUAAUCUGAGAUGAUUGAAAACAUUAGAAUAAGCAGAUCCUCAUCAUCCAAUUCCUAUUCUGUUUUUAAUGAAAUCGAUAAUAUCAUAGCCAUGGGUCAACAAUUCAAUAAUAACAAUACAUCUAUCAAAUUAAAAAGCCAAACUUAUGGUUAUACCAAAUUUAAUCUCAUGACUUAAGGACAAUUUAGCAUCAAACCUAAUCAUUUGGAUAAUCAACAACAAUUGCCAAUCAUCACACCCCAUUGUAUUCUAGUAAUUAAGAAUCAAAACAUCAUUUUGACUGCUGGAGAUAGCAAUACAAUCUAUGUUUGGAUCCAUAAGAAAGAGUCUAAUCUAUGGAAGUUAGAAUCACAAUUAGUAUUGUAGAAUAAAGAACAGCAAUAUAUUCAAUGUAUGGAAUUACUCUACAAUCCAUUUAUUAGUGAAUCACGAAACAGCAAAUAGAGUUUUGCAAAUCUAAAAGUUAUGUUAAAUCCUAUUAUUGCCAUUUGUGGUUAAAAUAAUAUCUACAUCGUUUAAUUAGAUAUUAUGACUAAUUAAAUUACCAUAUAAUGUCAAUACACGAUUAAAGACUAAAAGGAAUAAGAAAUACAUACUGUAUAACAGUGCUAAACUAUGGGUAGCUACAAUUACUUCAUUGUUGGUAUGGAAAAAGGAACCAUGCUAAUAUUUAAUUACAUUAUUAGUAUAGACAACACUUUUACUAUAAAAAUAGAUCAAAUGAUCAAAUAACAUAAAGAUUGCAUUACAAGUAUUGAGAUAAUAGGGGAUCAAUUGAUUGCUGUAGCUAGUAAUGAUAGGUCUGUUACCAUUUGGCAAUUUUUUAAUAAUAAACUUAAGUUAUUACCAAUAAAACUCAACAGAUUCUGGGAAGACAUUCCCUGUAUACGAUAGGUUUAUACCAAUUCAUUUAUUACCUUUGAUUCGAAUUAUAAUAUCACAUAAUGGUAUCUUGAAAAUCAAAAUAAAAUUGUUAUAAUAAACAGUCUCUAAUCAAGCAAAAUGAAACAAGAAGUCCAAGAGGCAAUAAUCAUAAAUAAUCCAGAUAAUUCUUAAGAUUUUUGUAUUUUAUUACUCAUUAGAGAAUAAUCGAACAACAAACUUAUUAUUUUAGAUAGAUAUUUCUCAAUUGUAUCAUAGGAAUCUCUGCCUCCAUAAUUUCAAAGCUAUUUGAGUAUUCAAAGGAAAAAGCAUAAUCAUUAUAUUACAAAUUAUAAGAUGAGGAUUAUCAAUGAUUUCGUGCCAAAUAAGGGUUUCAGUUCCUUUAUUGAUGUUAAACAGAAUGAGAAAUAGUCUAAUUAAUAGUAAUAGCAAUCCUUUUCUUAGCAAUAAUAAUUGAAUUAGAAUAAGAAGGUUAAUCUUGCUAUUAUCAACAAUAAUAAGACAAAGCAGCAUUUUAUUGAAAUUUCUUACAUAAUAGGAACUGACUGA